CAGGAGGACGAGGCCGACGAGAAGGAGCCUGACGUCCACUUCGAGCCCGUUGUUCACCUUACCGAGAAAGUCGACACCAAGACACACGAGGAGAGCGAGGAGCAGACCUUCAAGAUGCGCGCCAAGCUCUUCAAGUUCGACCGUGACAGCAGAGAGUGGAAGGAGCGUGGUACCGGUGAGGUUCGUCUCCUCAAGCACAAGGAGAACGGCAGAACCAGACUUGUCAUGCGCCGUGACAAGACCCUGAAGGUCUGCGCCAACCACUACGUUGUUCCCGACAUGAAGCUCUCUCCCAACGUCGGCAGCGACCGCUCGUGGGUCUGGAACGCUUCGGCCGAUGUUUCUGAGGGUGAGCCUGAGGCUCAGACUCUUGCCAUUCGUUUCGGCAACAGCGAGAACGCCAACCUGUUCAAGGAGGCUUUCAUCAAGGCCCAGCAGGAGAACGAGGCUCUCUUCAACAAGUCUGACUAG